GCGUCCUAAGCUGAGGUGACGUCACACCGGUUCAGAUGAACAGCCGGUAGCGCUGAAGAAAGCUUGAAAAAAAUCGCCUUUUGUUUGUAUUUGUCCGCUAAUUUCACCGCCAAACGCCCAAACAUCAUGCCUUUCGAUGUUAGGAGAUUUGAUAUCUACAGGAAAGUGCCAAAAGAUCUCACCCAACCAACCUACACAGGAGCGUUCAUAUCCAUCCUCUGCUGUGUCUUCAUACUCUUCCUCUUCCUGUCCGAGCUGACGGGGUUCAUAGCCACCGAAAUUGUAAAUGAACUGUAUGUGGAUGACCCUGAUAAAGACAGUGGUGGGAAGAUAGAUGUGAGUUUAAACAUCAGUUUGCCAAACUUACACUGUGAUUUGGUGGGUUUGGACAUCCAGGAUGAAAUGGGACGCCAUGAGGUCGGUCACAUAGACAACUCUAUGAAGAUACCUCUGAACCAGGGAGAGGGUUGCCGCUUUGAGGGAGAGUUCACUGUUAACAAAGUACCGGGGAACUUCCAUGUGUCAACACACAGCGCUACAGCGCAGCCCCAAAACCCUGACAUGACUCACACCAUCCACAAGCUGGCCUUUGGAGAAAAGCUACAAGUACAAAAGGUCCAAGGAGCCUUCAAUGCUCUAGGAGGGGCAAACCGGCUGUCAUCUAACCCGCUGGCCUCACACGACUACAUCCUGAAGAUUGUACCGACUGUGUAUGAAGACCUAACAGGCAGACAGAGGUUUUCCUACCAGUAUACAGUGGCAAACAAGGAGUAUGUUGCCUACAGUCACACGGGCAGAAUAAUUCCUGCGAUCUGGUUCCGAUACGACCUCAGUCCAAUCACAGUCAAGUACACAGAGAGGAGGCAGCCUUUCUAUCGCUUCAUCACGACGAUUUGUGCCAUCGUCGGAGGGACGUUCACCGUCGCCGGGAUCAUCGACUCGUGUAUAUUUACUGCCUCCGAAGCCUGGAAGAAGAUCCAGAUUGGAAAGAUGUCAUGAGGGUCGCCUCUCAACCCCGUGCUUAUUUUAUUUAUAAGUGCAAAGUUGCUAGCCUGUUAGCUAAAUCCACUUCUGAUUGAAAACAAGCCAGAGACCAAUGAGAAGCAUAUGAUUUAACUACCAGGCUGUCUCUGUUACUGAGGAUCCUCUCCAGCUCCAUCUACUCUGCUUCUGACGUCGGGAUCCUGAUGAUCACAUGUCUUCUAACACCGUCAUCGGUGUCAGGAGAGGACAUCUCUUCUUACAACUGGGAUUCAUGUCGAGGAAAGACGUGCCAGAAACUUAAUAGUGUGUACUUGUUUUGUUUUGUUUAAAUGGCUCAUAUUUUCUCUAAGGUUUUCUACUUUGGUGCUUAAACUCCAUACAUUCAAUAAUUCAACAUUCUUUACGACUAUUCAGACAGAUGUGUGGCUCAUCAUUACUCCGUAAAACCAUGGUUGUAUUAAGGAAGUGUCGUUUGGCUUCAAUACAAAAAAUCUAAGAGGUUUUUAUGAUUUAAAAGAUG